UGUGCACUGUGACAGAAGACUGGACACUUGGAGAAGAGCCGACCUCUGAGAGGAAAAGUCACUUGGCACCGGGGAUGCCGCCCCAUAGCUCCGUGCUGCCCCGUUGGGAGCUGUCUCUCUACCUGCUUACGUCGCUGGGCUUCCACUGCUAUUCUUUUUACGAAGUCUACAGAGUCUCCAGAGAGCACGAAGAGGAGCUGGACCAAGAAUUUGAGCUGGAGACGAACGCUUUAUUUGGAGGACUGAAGAAGGACGCGGCGGACUUCGAGUGGAGCUUCUGGAUGGCAUGGGGGCAGCAGAGGCUGGUGUGGCUGCUGCUUGGCCAUGUAGCAGUGUCCCAGAUGGCCAUGCGGUUUGCGAGGAAGUGCAGACCCUGGAUCCUCGCGGCCUACGGCAUGUGGGCCUGCUGGAGUGUGCUGGGGGCCCCAGGCAUGCUCAUGGUCCUCCUCCACACCGUCAUCGCAUUCUGUGUGGCCCAGUUCCGGUCACUGUUCCUGUCCUGGCUCUGUUCUCUCCUCCUGCUCUCCACACUGAGGCUGCAGGGCGUGGAGGACAUAAAGAGGAGGUGGUACAGGACCGAUACUGAGUACUACCUGCUGCAGUUCACGCUGACUGUCCGCUGCCUGUACUACACCAGCUUCAGCCUCGAGUUCUGCUGGCAGCAGCUGCCCGCCAUGCGUGGCCGCCACUCCUUCCCUUGGAUGCUGGCCUACGUCUUCUAUUAUCCCGUCUUCCACAACGGGCCUAUCCUCAACUUCCCGGAGUUCAUCAAACAGAUGCAGCAGCCAGAGCUCUGCUCGCUGAAGGACAGCCUCUGCGUCCUGGCCCGCGGCCUGGGCCGCCUGCUGAGCUGGUGGGCCCUGGCCGAGCUGAUGACCCACCUCCUGUACAUGCACACCCUCUACGGCAGCCCCCUCCUGCGCGAUGUCGGCUACUGGGCGUUAGGAGGGCUGGCGUUGGCCCAAGUGCUCUUCUUCUACGUGAAGUACUUGGUGCUCUUUGGCGUCCCAGCCCUGCUCAUGCGCCUGGACGGACUCCACCCACCGCCUCUCCCUCGCUGCGUGAGCACCAUGUUCAGUUUCACCGGGAUGUGGAGGUAUUUUGACGUUGGACUACAUAAUUUCUUAAUCAGGUACAUGUACAUUCCUCUGGGUGGGUCCCAGCGUGGCCUGCUGGGGACCCUGCUCUCCACUGCGAUGACCUUUGCAUUUGUGAGCUACUGGCACGGCGGCUACAACUACCUCUGGUGCUGGGCAGCACUCAACUGGCUGGGAGUCAUGACAGAGAACGGGUUCCAGAGGCUCCUGAACACACCCCAUGUGCAGGAUGGUUUGGCCCGACACCUCUCCCCACAAGCUCGCCGCCGGCUGCAUGCUGCCCUAGCAUCUUGCUCUACCUCGAUGCUGAUCCUGUUCAACCUGGUGUUCCUUGGGGGCAUUCAGGUUGGGAGAACCUACUGGGACAGGAUCUUUGUGCAAGGCUGGCCAUGGGUGACCCUAUCUGUAUUAGGGUUCCUGUACUGCUACUCCCACGUGGGGAUUGCCUGGGCCCAGACGUACACCAUGGACUGAUUCUGCCUUCGCCACCAGCUUCCAAGGCCAUGUACUUCACCUGACUCUCCACUCCCAGGUGAUCUCCACCGAGCCAUCUCCUGGGAAGAUCUUUCAUUCCAAGACUGACAGCUUGGUCUCUCAUUGAUAAUCUAUAACCAGAUAAUCUUCUAACUUUGGCAUCCUAGAGAUUUUCUACCCUGCCCUCCUGCAUUUCCUGAGUAACCUGGGGUGCAGGAAUAGAGCAUCUUGCCCAGAUCUACAUGGUGACAUUUUGGUGUAGAACCCAGGCAACUGGCCCUUUGCGUUCUUUCUUCUUUACCAAGAGAUCUAUGUAGUGUACAUUUCUUGGUUAGCAUUGGAAUCCUGGUUAGUGGUAGGCCUAGCCUCUUCUGAGUAGUAUUUCUGAGACGUUUUGGUCGCAUGUUGGUGACCAUUUCCCGUGGCUCCUCAGCAGAGAGGUGACAAAGGCACAGCUGUGUAGAAAGACCUGUUCCAAGGAGUCCCUACCUAAGGAGUCAGUGACUUGAAGUUCAGCAGGUAACCUCCAUUUCUCCUUUGUCCUGAGAUCUGCAGAGAUGUGUGAACAUGAAGUUCCUCUGACAGUUGUUUUCCAGUAAUGAGGCAGACUUUAGAAAUCAGAGGAUGGGAGCAUCCACAGCCGGGUGCUAGCAGACGGCCCACAGGAGGAUGACUUCCUGUGGCCUUGUCUGCCCUUCCUGAGAGCCAGCAGUUACAGUCCUACUCCCGAGGGUCAUACUUGGUGGCAUAUGUGGCCUCAUCCUGAUUCCAAGGAGAUGGAGCCUUUUUGUUACAUGGAAAAUUCCUAUUUUUCUAGAAUUAUUUUGGAUAAUUUUGAGGCAGAUGUUUAAAAUCAAAAUACAUUUAUUUAACUUGACUCACCCUGGAAAGAUACCAGAUAAGCUACCAAUUGCUCCAAGUGGUAGAUGAUUUAGAAAAUUUUGGUUUGGCUGUAGAUUUUUGGGAAGCUUUAGACUGAAGAAGCUUUAAAGUUUGAAUCUGUUGUGUAUCUAAUUCUGAGCAACCUUUACAUAACACUCCAAGUACAUGCACUGUCACCAUGUGGACCUCGUACCGUCAUAUUCGUUUGUUACUGUCCUCAGGCCUUGGCUGUGGUGACUCACUCAGUAAGACAAGCUCCUAGCGUCCAGGACCAACCAUGUUCCUUGACUCCCUUUAUUCCUAGGUGCUC